AUGUCCACUCCCGAGUCACAGAACGGUUCGCAACCGGCAGCAAACACUACCUCUCAGGAUGAUACCAUCACGCCUGUUAUGAAGAUUGAUCAUCCUAAAGGUAACAAGAAAAAGUUGAAGAAGUUCUAUACUCGACAAAAUGAACUCAUUGAUGAGUUUCUGGGCGCUGGGGACGAAGAGCGCCUGGCUGUCGAGGACGACAUCAAGAUGGGCCCUAAGAUCAAAUUUGCCGUCUAUGCUUCGUUUUCCGUGAACUUCUGUCUCUUUGUUAUUCAGAUGAUAGAAACUAUCGGUAUCAUCCUUUUCUGCGCUUUGAUGACUACUGUCGCCAUCCAGCUUCUGAUCGAAUCUGCUCGUGCUCUCGGUAAUGGCAAGCAAGACGCCGAUGAGCUUCAUAUCGUGCCCUUGAUCUUCGUUGGUGUUGCUAUUCUCGCCAAGGCAAGUUUGAUGGUCUAUUGCUUCUUCUUUAGGCGGUAUCCAUCAGUCAAGAUCUUUUUCGUCGACCAUCGCAAUGACAUCGUCGUCAAUGCAUUCGGUCUCAUUAUGUCCAUUGUUGGAGAUCGCUUUGUGUGGUAUCUGGAUCCUAUCGGUGCUAUAUGUAUUGCACUAUUGAUCCUGUUCUCAUGGGUCUCCAAUGCUUUCGAACAAGUGUGGCUACUCGUUGGGAAGUCGGCACCAAAGGAGUUCAUCUCAAAGCUCAUCUACAUAGCGGUGACACAUGACACUCAAAUUCUGAAAGUUGAUACAUGCCGAGCGUACCACGCAGGUCAGAAAUAUUACGUCGAGGUCGAUGUCGUCAUGCACGAGAACACCCCCUUGAGAGUUUCUCAUGACGUGAGCCAAAGCCUGCAACGAAAGCUAGAGGGUCUAGCAGAUGUCGAGCGAGCUUUCGUUCACGUUGACUAUGAGAACGAACACGACAUUAAUGAAGAGCAUAAGCCGUUGUAUGAGCAGAAGCAGAAAAACAGAAAGAGCCUGAGAGAUGUGCUUCUGGCUGGGAAGAAGCGUAUCGAGGACAUUUUACCCACUUUCGACUCGGGCAAUACUCGUUCAUAA